CCAAACCCAACAGCAGUGUGACAGUGUCCGAGACUGGAAGCCUAAACCCUACCAAAAUCCUACUAUUCGUGCUCUGUAAACCCAGAAGCGGAAGAAGAAGCAGCAGAAGCAGAAAGAAAACCAUUUUCCAUUUUGUGAAUUUGUAUGUGUUUGAAGUAGUUUCUGGGGAAGCAAGCCAUGUAUAGAAUAGCUUCAAGGUUAGCUUCAUCCAUCAAUUCCUCCGCUUCUAAGAAAUUGAUAUAUAGUAGGGCUAUAUGCAAUAGGAAUUAUGUGGCCAAAGAUAUCAAGUUUGGGGUUGGAGCUCGUGCAGCUAUGCUGCAAGGUGUUUCUGAGGUUGCCGAAGCUGUAAAAGUCACAAUGGGACCCAAGGGUCGCCAUGUGAUUAUUGAGCAACCUCGUAAGGCUCCCAAGGUCACAAAGGAUGGCGUAACUGUUGCCAAAAGUAUCAAAUUCAGCGAAAAAUCUAAAAAUGUAGGUGCAGAUCUUGUAAAGCAGGUUGCUAAAGCUACAAAUACUGUUGCAGGGGAUGGUACAACUUGUGCAACUGUUCUUACACACGCGAUACUCACAGAAGGUUGCAAGUCAAUAGCUGCUGGUGUAAAUGUGAUGGAUUUACGCAGUGGUAUCAAUAUAGCAGUUGAUGCUGUUAUUACAGAUCUGAAAAGCAGAGCACUAAUGAUAAGCACACCAGAUGAGAUUACCCAGGUAGCCACAAUUUCUGCUAAUGGGGAACGUGAGAUUGGAGAAUUGAUCGCAAGGGCAAUGGAGAAAGUCGGGAAAGAAGGAGUCAUUACCGUUGCUGAUGGAAGCACUUUAGAUAACGAACUGGAAGUGGUGGAAGGAAUGAAGCUCGGCAGAGGUUAUAUUUCUCCUUACUUUAUUACAGAUCAGAAGACGCAGAAAUGUGAACUGGAAAACCCUCUCAUUCUCAUUCAUGAAAAGAAAAUUUCGGACAUGAAUUCACUUGUGAGAAUACUAGAACUAGCAGUAAAGGCAAAUAGAGCACUUCUUGUUGUGGCCGAGGAUGUUGAAAGUGAUCCGCUAGCUAUGCUUAUACUCAACAAGCAUCGUGCUGGGCUUAAGGUCUGUGCCAUCAAAGCUCCUGGUUUUGGGGAAAACAGAAAAGCAAAUUUAGAUGAUCUUGCCAUUCUCACUGGGGGAGAGAUUGUUAGUGAAGAUCGUGGUUUAACUCUUGAUAAAGCCCAACCUGAAAUGCUUGGUACUGCAAAAAAGGUGACCGUUUCUCUUGAUGACACAAUUAUUCUACAUGGAGGUGGUGAUAAAAAAUUGAUUGAAGAAAGAUGUGAGGAGCUGAGAACAGCAAUGGAGAAGAGUACUGCCGUUUUUGACAAGGAAAAAGCACAGGAACGGUUGUCCAAGCUAUCCAGUGGUGUAGCUGUUUUCAAGGUUGGUGGAGCUAGUGAGGCAGAGGUUGGGGAAAGGAAAGAUAGGGUGACUGAUGCUCUAAAUGCCACAAGAGCAGCCGUUGAAGAGGGUAUUGUGCCAGGUGGUGGUGUUGCUCUCCUUUAUGCUUCCAAAGCUUUGGAGAAACUUCACACUGAUAAUGAAGACCAGAAAAGAGGCAUACAAAUUAUCCAAAGUGCCCUCAAGGCGCCUACGUUCACGAUAGCAACAAAUGCUGGUUUCGACGGUGCUUUGGUUAUUGGCAAGUUGUUGGAACAAGAUGAUGAGAAUUUGGGUCAUGAUGCUGCUAAAGGUGAAUAUGUUGACAUGGUGAAGGCCGGAAUUGUAGAUCCACUGAAGGUUGUGAGAACAGCCUUGGUAGACGCUGCCAGUGUGUCCUUGCUAUUAACAACUACGGAAGCAACUGUAGUGGACGAUCAAAGCGAGAAGACACUUCCCAGUCGAAUGCCAAAUAUGGAUGAUAUGGACUACUAGGUUGUAAUUGUAUAAUACAUUUAACUCGAAGCCCAGUAUCAUUCCUUACCCUAGAAAACCAAGAGCCCAUACCCGGUUUUAAUUUUAUUUUUUUACUUUAUAUUUAUAAAACAUUUAUAAAAAAAAAAUAAUACUUUUAACUUUGUAUUAGAUAUAUUAUACUUUUAAUUAUUUAAAAAUGUAAUUCUUUUUAAAGAA